AUGAUUAAAACAUUAAUUUUAGAUCUAGGUAGAUUAAGGCUCUCUCCAGUGGCUGUUACACAAGUACGCGAAAAGGGCCAAUUGAGUAGACCCCAUUUAAGGAAUCCAUCAUGGUUUUUACGCAAGGAACGGAAGAUGCGUGACAAUCAUGUCACAUCGGAAAACAAAUCAUUUGUCCAAGAAAUCGUUCAGGAUAAAUAUGGACCACCGGCUCUUAUCAAAGGUGUGGCCACCUAUGAUCAAUCCAAACGUGAGGAAUUGGUAAAGACAGAAAAACUUGAAACUGAACCAUGGACAUCUUCGUCAAGGCGUACCGGUUUAAUUGCCCGUAAAAUCGGCCAAUAUCCCUUAUGGUUGAAGAAUGGUGAAAAGAUACGCACAACCCUACUGCAAAUUGUGGAUAAUCAUGUUGUUAAAUAUAUACCGCCGGAAUUGUAUCGACCUGCCCAGGUACCCAGUGUGGCAAAGCUGAAUAGUUAUGGUUGUUUGUUGGUGGGUGCAGAGAGUUGUGACCCCUCCACCUUAACCAAGGAAUAUUGUGGUCUCUUCAAGGAUUCUGGUCUUUUGCCCAAGAAACAUUUGGUACGCUUUUUGGUAACACCAAAUGCAGCCAUACCCGUCGGCACACCAUUGAAUGUCAAUCAUUUCCGGGUGGGUGAUUAUGUUGAUGUUAGAGGGAAAACUGUCGAUCAUGGCUUCCAAGGUGUUGUCAAACGCCACGGUUUCAAGGGUAUGCCGGCCUCUCAUGGUGUCACCAAAACUCAUCGACGUCCCGGUAACAUUGGUGGCGGUGGUGAAAAGGGCCGUGUCUGGCCUGGUACCAAACUGCCCGGUCACAUGGGUAACAGAUGGCGCAUUGCCAAGGGUCUGCGCAUUUGGCGCAUCAACACAAAGUAUAAUGUUAUGUGGGUUAGUGGUAGUGCCAUUCCCGGCUCCACAAAUGGUCUCGUCUACAUUUAUGAUACAAUAUUGCCAUUGAGGAAACAUACCACCGCACCACCAUUCCCCACAAUGUUCGAUGUGGCGCAGGAGGGUCCAGAUGACAUUUGGUUUGAUGCUGUGCAUAAUUUCAAAGAUGAAACCAUUACCUUCCAACCGGAGGAGUAG